GGCCGACCGUAAUCCACUUACGGCGCCCGGGGCCUGAGCUAACCAGAGGCCCCGAAAUUAGAGGCCCCGAGGUCCCUAGCUCGGACGAGCCGAGCUCUUCAAGGGUCCAGAGGGAGGAGUCGGCCGAGCCAGGAUCCCCACUCCUCGAGGGGAGCUCGGCCAUCCACGACGCCGAUGUCGCAUGCGCCGCGUUUCGGCGUGCGAUGCUUCCAGCGGACCGGGCCGAGUUCCGAAACUUGCCGCUGGAAGAGGUUGUCGACGGUACCUACCGCAAUACCGCUCGGCACAUCCACAAAGUCGACACCCUGGUAUUCAUUGCCCAAGGGUGUCAAGAAGAGACUCGGCAAGUUAGCCGGCAAUUGGAGCUGGCUAAGAAGAAGAUUGCCGAGUUGGGGGCGGCGCUGGCCGAGGCCGAGGCACGGAGGGAGGCCACUGAGGCCGGGCGCCUAGCAAUGGUCGAGGUGCUUAAUGAAGAAAGGGCUGCCCACUCCUUCGCCAAGUCAGCUCUGCGCGCCUCGGAGGUGCGCCUGGGGGAGGUCCAAUCCGAGGUCGUGGGCCUCAGGUACGAGGGCGGGGUCCUACGCCUCAAGGUCGAGCAACUGGAGGCUCGAGAAAGGAGGGCACUCGAGCGAGCCGAACAUGCCGUAGACUCCUUCAAAGAAUCGGAGGAAUUUUGCGACAUGUUAGAGGAGGAAACCGUCGACGGGUUCCUCCGAGGCUUCGAGAACUUCCGGAGGCAGAUGGCCCGAUUCUGCCCCCAGCUCGAUCUUUCGACGGUUCGUCCGAGGAUGAGGCUGGGUUACAACUCUGAUUCUGACGACGUUCCCGCCGCCCUGGCAUCCGAUGCGGAGUCGGCCGAGUUGGACGCAGCCGAGCCUGCGGCGGCGGUGGUCGAGUUGGAGGGGGUUCCCGAGGCACCCGCCGAGGCCCCUGCCGCAGACCUCGAGCCCGUGCCCGCUGAAGACCCUCCAGUCAUCGCCAUAGAUGACCCCGAGGGUGACGCCGGCGCGACCGCCGCCCCUUAGGACUUAGAUUUAUUUCUUCUUUCCAUUGUAAUCGAGGUCGGCCUUCAAAUUUUUGAAUGGUCGACCUCCAAUUCUGUACUUAGCCUUUUGGCAUUUCAUUAAUGAAAAAUUCCUUUUGUCACUUCGCACUUAUCUCUCUUUGUCUUCCUUUGUUGUAAACGAGGCCAGGAGUUUGACUUAUUGUUUUACCGACCCUUAACAUAGCUUUCGAGCUACUUGAUAAAGGCAUGUUCUUUUUUGAUUAUGUUUCGCUUUCCUAAGUUCUGAUUACACUAACCAGAGGGAGCUCCGAGCUUAGAUUCUUAGGAAACUUUCCUUAGUCCUGCAGCUCGGACUUGAAGAUUGCAGAGGUCGCCGUAUUUAGCUUUUGGAUUUUUGAGGCACCGAGCUCGGGCCUCAGGCCUCCGAGCGGGGCCGUGCUAGACUUGCAUAGGCCGCUAUCUGGGGGUAUCGCCGAGCUUUCAAGCUCGGCUUUUGGACCGUAGGUCUAUAAAAAGAUUAGUGCUGUCCCCCGAUGGGGAGCCAAUAAUCAAAUCGUCGCCAGGGCUUUCAUAGUUAUCGCCCUCGGACCCCGCCGAGGUUUCGGCGAGCGGGGUCGGAACCUGUAGAGGAUACCUCUAUCUUCUUGAUCUCGAUCAGUACGCCCGCGGUCGAGGUUAUCUUCAUAGGUCGACGUUGGGGUCUCUGCGUAUGAGGGCUGAAUUGGGCCCUUGUGCCUGUGGGUUCACAUAAGUUGUCGAGGAGGUUAUCGGUAGACAGAGCAUGCAUGAGGUCAGUAGACUAAACCGACUUGCAGGAGCAAUGCGACUUUGGCCAGAAUAAGGUCUCGAUUUUAAUCGAGAUGUCGCUGGCAAUAUGUAGAUAAAUAUAACAAGGCAAGCAUCAAGUAGGAUGUACCUUUUGUAUUUCCAAAAUUGCGCUCCUCGUAGCGGAGUGGGUGGCCUUAUUUUCUCGCCAACUUUUCGGAAUCAUUCUUUGACUUUCGGAGAGCUCGGGCUUCUCAUGGACCCGAUGGCGCCCGCCGAGGUUGAAGGGGUUUGGGAAUGCUCCAUUAAUCUCCGACUCUUCCCGAGGUCGAGGGAGUUUGGGACUCUACGGUCGAACCUCGGGGCAUCCCGACCUUAGUCGAGGAAUCUUGCGUCAGGUCGAUGGGUCUGAGAACGCUCUAUCGACUGCGAUACAUCCCGAGGUCGAGGGAGUUUGGGACUCUACGGUCGACCCUCGGGGCAUCUCGACCUUAGUCGAGGAACCGUACGUCAGGUCGAUAGGUCUGGGAAUGCUCUAUCGACCUGCGACGCUUUCCGAGGUCGAGGGAG